AACAGCCAACCAGUCCUUUAUGUCACUGUCAGCUCUUCCCCAUAUCUCUGGCUACACAGCCUAACUCACCUGCUUUUCUUCCAUUUUGUCAAAACUCAAACCCAACCCAUCUCUCUCUCUGUCUCUCUCUCUUGCAUCUAACGUGUCAAAACGAGUAGGGCAACCUCUUUUGAUAACUGGGUCAAAACUCUUUCUUCUUUUUUUAUCUCAGGUUUUUGUUCAGAAACACUCUCUAACAAGCCAAAAGUAGCUUCCUUUUGCGCUAACAUGGAGAAAAGCCAAGAACUUGCACUGACCCAGAUGAGGAAAUCAGUUGAGAAACUUGGGUUUUCAACAGAGAAAUAUGGGGAUCCAACGCUCAUGAGGUUCUUGAUUGCAAGAUCAAUGGACACACAAAAGGCUGCAAAGAUGUUUGUCCGGUGGCUCGAAUGGAGGUCUUCUAUGGUUCCAAACGGGUUCAUUGCAGAAGCUGAAGUGCCUGAUCAAUUGGAAGCCAGAAAGAUUUUUUUGCAAGACUCAUCAAAGACAGGAUAUCCAGUGUUAAUUGUCAAAGCAUGCAAGCACUUUCCUCCAAAGGAUCUUAUCCAGUUCAAAAAGUUUGUGAUUUAUAUCUUAGACAAAACCUUAGCAAGCUCUGUCAAAGGAAGAGAACUAGGAAAUGAAAAGUUGAUUGGCAUUCUUGAUUUUCAACAAAUUACGUACAAAAAUGUUGAUGCGCGUGGAUUAAUAACUGGAUUUCAGUUCUUACAGGCAUAUUUCCCAGAGCGCUUAGCAAAGUUGUACAUUUUACAUAUGCCACGUUUUUUUGUUAGUGUUUGGAGGAUGGUUUCUCGCUUCAUUGAGAAGGCAACACUGGAAAAGAUUGUGAUUGUGACCAAUGAAGAUGAGAAGAAAUGCUUUAUAGAUGAGGUAGGUGAAGAAGCCGUGCCAGUCGAGUAUGGUGGUAGAGCAAAGCUGACAGCUAUUCAAGAUGUAGUAGUGCUGCCAUUGGAAGGUUGAUCCCACCAUAAGUUCUAGGUAGCCACUAUUGCUAAUCCUUGGAGUAUUCAACGUGACUAAUAUUAGUCAACACUGCAGCAAAUUGAAGGGUUAAAAUUAAACCCUCAAAAGGAUCAAUGCAGCUGCCAUUAAUCCCCCUAAUACAAAUAUUAAGUCUGAUUGAUAGUUCCAACAUGAAGUUGGCUUCAAUGGAGUAUCUUAUCAUCAUCUUGAAUUGCUACAAAUUUGAAAAUAACCUUCUCAACACCUUCUUCAAUGGCAAUAUCAUCUCAUUAAAUAAA